GCUGCUGCAGGGAGGAGCGAGCGCCGAGUGCAGUUGAGCUGAGUCGAGCAUCACCACAGCCCGCAUUCAAGGAAACGGGCUAACACAGCACUUUCCACUAUCGUGACUCCCGGUUACUGCGCGUAUCUAGGUGUAAAAUAGAGUUUUGUGUUGGACGUUUAUGGAGGCCAUCGGUGUUUGAAAAGCCGGGAGUCUGCCCAGUCAAGGAGACGUCUCAAUUGUUUCCUGCGCCAAGAACACUUAAGACAUGGUCAUUACAUCGUGUUUGUGAUGAGGAGUGAGCAGUAAGCAGAAGGAAGUGUGCUGCCCCAGAGGAUGCUUCUUACACGGGCUAAGUGCUGAGGGACGUCCACAGAAUCCUCUCCCCUUCACCAGAGCCCACCAUGUCCCAGUACCAUCAAUGCCAGCCCCCCCCACCACGCCUGCCCCAUAACCGCGCUCUCAGCUCUGAGGACCGGAGCACCACUCCUCUCAAGACCUCCACCCCAGUGCACAAGAGCGCCUCGUCUUCCUCCUCCUCCCAGCGGGACAGCCGGCAGGAAGCAGACAGCUGGGAGAUCAUUGAGGGGCUCAAGAUUGGCCAGAGCAAUGUUCGGAGGCCCGAUAAACAUGAAGGUUUUAUGUUGAAGAAGCGCAAAUGGCCACUGAAAGGCUGGCACAAGCGUUUUUUUGUUCUGGACAAUGGCAUCCUCAAGUACUCCAAGUCCCCUCUUGAUAUCCAGAAAGGAAAACUCCAUGGCAGCAUUGAUGUGGGCCUCUCUGUCAUGUCAAUUAAAAAGAGGAGUCGGCGCAUUGACCUGGACACAGAGGAGCAUAUAUAUCACUUGAAGGUCAAAUCUCAAGACAUUUUCGAUGCCUGGGUGUCCAAGUUACGUCACCACCGGCUUUACCGACAGAACGAGAUUGUGCGAUCUCCUCGAGAGGCCACCAUGAGAACGUUUCCUCCUCCAACUGCCAUCGAGUCUCCCCCAAAUGUAUCUACUCUGGGACAUGAGGCCAAGCAGAUGAAACCCAGCAGCUUGCCAUGGCAACCAGUGGCCCCCAAUAACAGCAGCAACAGCACCCUCCCAGCUCCCUACAGCAACGGCCAGAGCAAGGUGGCAGUUUGGCUCCAGGAGUCAGAGGAGAUGGACAAGUGCGCAGAGGAGCUUGCCCGAUGCCAGUCCAACCUGACCGAUUUGAGUCGACUAUUACAAAGUCUGGAGAUACUACAAAGAACCCAGUCAGCUCCUAAUUUCACUGAAAUGCAGACCAAUUGUGUAGAAUUGUCUAAGAAAGAAAAGCGCAUAAACAGAAGAUGGAGAACAAAAAGUGUCGGGAAAGAUGCAAAAUUCCAGCUUCAGGUCCCACAGUCUGCAAGUAUGUCCCCCAUCCGCCUCCAUUCGUCCAACCCUAAUCUCUGUGCUGAGCUGGCGGACUACCAGCCCCCUGCGUCGCGGCUGACGGAGACUGUGGAGUAUACCAGUGACUACAUUAAACUACAGGAGGACUUCUGCACCAUCGCCCAAAAAGUGCACUCUCUUUUGAAGUCAGCCUUUAACACAGUGGCCAUAGAAAAAGAAAAGAUCAGGCAGAUUCUGUCAAACCAGGAACAGACGGACCAGGCAGUUCAGAUCACCUCGCUCAGGAAGUCACUCUCACAGGCUGUGUCCCAGAAUGCAGAGCUCCGAAGCCGCCUAAACCGUAUCCAUUCUGAAUCGGUCCUGACUGAACAAGUUGUCAGCGUGAACAUCAUCUCAACGCCUGACGAGGCUGGAGAACAGAUGGGGAUCCCUCUGACUCAGCAGGCUUCCAAUGAGAGUCGACUAUCCAUGUCAGAAUCUGUGUCGGAGUUCUUUGAUGCCCAGGAAGUGCUACUGUCAGCCAGCUCCUCCGAAAAUGAGGGCUCAGACGAUGAGUCAUAUGUCAGUGAUGUGAGUGACAAUAUUUCCGAGGACAACGCCAGUGUCACAGAUAAUGUCUCCAGACAAAUGGCCAAUGGGGACUUUGCUGGCAGUGCCUUCCGUAAUGGGCGCCGCACGUGUCUGCCUGCUCCCUGCCCUGACACCAGCAACAUCAACCUGUGGAACAUCCUGAGAAACAACAUUGGCAAAGACCUAUCCAAAGUGUCCAUGCCGGUAGAACUGAACGAACCGCUCAACACUCUACAGCGCAUGUGUGAGGAGCUAGAGUACAGCGAGCUCCUGGACAAGGCCGCAGAGACCGAAGACCCAUUCGAGCGCAUGGUUUUAGUGGCUGCAUUCGCUGUCUCAGGCUACUCCUCCACUUACUACAGAGCAGGAAGUAAGCCAUUCAAUCCGAUACUUGGAGAGACUUAUGAAUGUAUACGUGAAGAUAAGGGCUUUUGUUUCUUCUCUGAACAGGUGAGCCACCAUCCUCCUGUCUCUGCAUGCCACUGUGAGUCAAAGAACUUCACCUUCUGGCAAGAUGUUAGAUGGAAAAACAAAUUUUGGGGAAAGUCCAUGGAAAUAUUACCUAUUGGGUCUGUGAAUCUAACAAUCCCAAGUUUUGGAGAUCAUUACGAGUGGAAUAAAAUCACUACCUGUGUGCACAACAUUCUGAGUGGACAGAGGUGGAUUGAACACUAUGGAGAGAUCACCAUCAGAAACACAAAGAGCAGUGCCUGUCUUUGCAAACUCACCUUUGUCAAGGGAAAUUACUGGAGUUCAAAUGUCAAUGAGGUGCAGGGAUUUGUGAUGGACCAAGAGGGCAAAGUCAUUCAUAGGCUUUUUGGAAAAUGGCACGAAGGCCUUUACUGUGGAGUCCCACCUUCUGCCAAAUGUGUCUGGAGACCAGGCUCUAUGCCCACAGACUAUGAGUUAUAUUAUGGCUUCACCAGGUUUGCAAUUGAACUAAAUGAACUAUGCCCAGAAUUAAAAGAUGCCCUACCACGGACUGAUGCUAGAUUCAGACCAGAUCAAAGGUACUUAGAGGAAGGCAACCUUGAGAUGGCAGCCUCAGAAAAACAGAGGAUAGAAGACCUUCAGAGAGCCAGGAAGAAAUGGAACGAGGAGAACAACAUCAGACAGGAGCCACGCUUUUUCAAAAAAGUGAUAGAUGCCAAUCACAGGGAACGGUGGGUCUCCAACAGCACAUAUUGGGAACUCCGGAGAAAUCCUGGCUUUAUCAACAUGGAGUCGACUGUACAUCUGUGGUAGUGCAUUGACUCAUAAUCCCAGACAUGAAGGAAGCUACCUAUGCACAAAAGGAGUGUGAAAGAAGGUAUUAAUAAAAAAUGAGUGCAUGGUUUAGAGCUGCGGCAAAACUGGGAGAGGGCCGUAUGCCCAGUGACCCUGUGGAGGUUUAGAGGCGCUGUCAUGUCGUCACCCAUCCAUGGAAACACCCUCUGGGGUCACCUUCAUUGUGCUCCAUAAAGCUGGGUUGUCAGGGCAACAAUCUAACCACUCCUAUAUAUUUGUGCCCUCAGCUCGUAAACGUCUGUCCUUGCCUUAAAAAGACAUGCAUCUCUCACACACUAGUGCUGUUUAGAUGAAGACAUUUUAAUCCUCACUGUUGUUUGGCUUAGAUUAGUCUUUAAAAAGUAGUUAGUCUUUUAUAUUACUUUCGAUACCAUGCAUGCUUAGAGUGCAGCUCUUACUGGCAUCGAGCUUUAUUUAUUAUAUAAUUGUAGAAAAAAAAGUUAUUUUUAUAUAUUAAAAACAUCUUGAACUAUGAAUUUAGUGAAAGGAAUAUUAUAGUAAUCGGCAAAUUUUUAUUUAUUUAUUGCCUUUUAAUACUGUUGAAUUAUUGAAGGCAGACACCUGUGAAGGAAAAAAAUUAAAAGGUCUU